CCUGUAGAGUAAAAGUGAUCUCUUAACCAUUUUUCUCUUUUUCAUCUACUUUUUAUUGAUAGUAUUUUAGGCUCAUUUCUCUCCGAGUGCCUGUUACUACAUCUGAAUGCUUUACUUUCCAUCAGCGCUUUGCACAUGAAUAUAGAUGGGAUUUAUUUAACCGAAAUGUAUUGAAUUUUAUUUAACUUGUUACAGAAGAUCAGAUAUCAUCCUCCUCAGUCAGCCCUCAAAAACCAAAGGCUUAUCGCUUGUGAGCCCCAGCCAUUCGCUAUGGAUGUAUUUAUGAAAGGGCUUUCCAAAGCUAAAGAGGGAGUCGUGGCAGCUGCUGAAAAAACCAAACAGGGUGUGGCGGAAGCAGCAGGAAAGACAAAAGAGGGCGUCCUUUACGUGGGCUCCAAAACAAAAGAAGGCGUUGUACAUGGAGUAACCACAGUGGCUGAAAAAACCAAAGAACAAGUUUCUCACGUGGGUGGAGCAGUAGUUACGGGCAUGACUGCAGUGGCACACAAGACAGUAGAGGGCGCUGGAAAUAUUGCUGCUGCCACAGGUCUAGUGAAAAAGGAUCAGAUGGGUAAACAGAAUGAAGAGGGAUUUGGCCAAGAGGGAAUUUUGGAACAUACAGACAAUAUGAACCCAGACGAGACUUAUGAAACGCCCCGUCAGGAGGAAUAUCAAGAUUAUGAUUCUGAAGCAUGAAUAUUGCGAGCAAGUGUCAUACUCAUAGAAUAUUCAAUGGAUCAUGAUACAUUCCCAAGUACCAAGGCUUCAGAUUUAAUUUAUAUUUUACUUUAACUGUAAAUGGAAGUCUUCCAUCAGCAAAACAAAGUAUUUCUAUUAGAUUUCCUUUUCGGGUACAUUCCACUCUAGGGGUCGACAAUGAGUGGCUAGUUUGUGUUAUGGAUGUUGUGGCUUAAAA